AAAUCGGAAAAAAUCAGAAAAAAUCAGAAAAACUUAGAAAAAAAUUGGGAAUGAAUCUGGGAUGGUGUAGCUUCAGUUGCGUAUCAUAAAACGCUUCCAGGGCCGGAGGAAGAUGCGGUAAUUGACUAAUUACUUGGAAUGGUGCAUUCUGAUGGUCUCUCUCGUUCACUUUGACAUGUGUGGCUCCACGCGCAAAUGACGUUUGCAGGCGUGACGUACGGAAACAUGUAUAAAGUGCAGCGUAGUCUACUCUCCCCCUUGAAUCUUCAAACAUUUCUCAAAAGGUGGUAUAGAACACAAGGAGUGCAUGUUCGGAUUGCCCCGAGCCCAACAGGUUACCUGCAUUUCAGAGGUCUAGCGGUAAGCUUCAAGAGGAUCCAUUCGGGCUGAGUCAUCCUGCACAAAGAACUGACAAAGGGUGGACCUGUAGGCUUCCACUUUCGAUCGAAAGUCUGCAAUUAUACAAGUAUCUAGUCAAACAUCCCUUCCGCCAGUAUUAAUCCAUCUGUCAAAAUCUCUGAUAUGUCUAUCCUUUUUAUCGUGCAGCUAUUCCACUUAAUUUAUUAUAUUUUAACGCAUGGACUAAUUUUGCCCCCGGAAUGUUUUAUUUGCAAAUUGUAAUAUGUCACGUUACAUUUGAGUACCCGAUGUGUUGUUCAUUCAAAAAUAAAUCAUUCAAAUGGCCGGUAGGCUCAUUAAAACAAAGAACAAUCAAAAAGCAAUACUUAUUAGUUGUUUGACAUCUUGAAUUUUAUGGUCCUAUAAAAAUUAACGAGUUUUCAAGCAUGGAUUUUCAUUCAGUGAUUUUACAACAGCAAACUCAUUCGCAUAAUGAUCGGUUGAUAAAUUCGUUCGUGAAUCCUCAGGAAACAUUGACCGGUAUCACUUCUGGUUGUAUUUUAAUUCUCCUGAAAUCUUUACAACGCCUGAGCUGUCUGACCAUUCUGGAUAAUUUUCUAAAGAUAAAAGUUACCAACAUCUUUUUGGAGAAAUGUGCAAUUUUCUGGAGCACCUUAGCCUCAAUUAGCAAUGAGUCGAAACUACCAGAAAUAUUGAUUGACCAGAAGGUAGAUGAUGAUCAAAUAUCUGACAGAAUUGAUUUGAACAACGUGGGCACGGUGACUGGAUUGUUUCAACAUGCUGGGAAGAAUAAAAAAGGUGGUAAAAAAGCAAAUAAGGACGGCAAGGACAAAAGUAAAAGAGAACGAGAAGAAAGGGCAGCUAAACGAGAAAAGGAAGAAGAGGAACGAUUGAAAGAUUGGAACUCUGAGUGGAACAAGAAAUUAGAAGCAAAAGAGGCCCUCAAUGAGGUACCCUGUUGCUCGGCCAAAGGAUUAUUCCCAAAACCAAAGACUCAAUCUAAUAUCUGGAUCAAAGUUACGCAGGAUAAGAAAAUACAAGAUGUACAAAUGGCGUUCAUGCAUGUUCCUGUCCCCAAACCGAAGCCACCGCCUUUACCAAAAUUAAUAACAAUCGAAUCCCCGGAAUUAGAACCGGUUGGUAAAAUUAAAAAAAAAGGAAAUGGAAAGAAGAAAAAAACGAAGAAAUAAAUCAACUACCUCAGUCAUGAUAAUAUUCAAAGGAGAAUGAAUAGUUGAUUUCUGUGAUCAUCUACUGCAUAAAUCUUCUCUGGUCUCCGAUGAUAAAUUCAAAGGGUCUUCUGCCUUACCUUAGAGCAUGUAGAGUACAAUUAUGGUACGAGCCAAGAAAGAGGGAGUUUUCUAUCUCCUACACGAAGACGCUGGAAUCGAAGGAUCUUACACCAGCUUGGAGGUACUGGAGGAAAGAUUGCCGCCUCUCCUUCUACUUGAAGACUCAUCUUCAACUUCAACAAUCGACGUCUGCACUUUCGCACAGUGUUUUCAUCUUGGUGAUUCGAAUAUGUUGAAUUAUCUAAUUAAUCUGUCAAAUUAAUUAAGGUAUUACUUACACAAGCUAAGAAAUAAAAAUAUAUCAAUUG